AUGAUUCACUUAUAUGUAUUUGUCUCCACGAUUGACCCAUUGGCUUCGUCGUCCCCCCUGAAAGCAGGGGGCUCAGAUCAAAGCCUCCGAACAAUAACGCCGUAAUGGACUUCCACCGGAAUCCCUCCCUCAACAACCGCCAUUCCUCUUCCCCCUCCUCCUCCUCCGCCUCCUCAACCACCGCCCCUCAUAAUCCCUCUGCCUCCGCCACUGCCACCGCCACCGCCUCCGCCGACACCGACCCUAUGCACUCCUGGUGGGAGUCCGUUUCCAAAGCCCGCUCUCGUAUCCACGCCCUUUCCUCUAUUCUUCCCCCUCAUUCCGACUCUUUUUUCCUCUCCUCCGUCGCCGAUUCCGACCGUCCGGCCCUCUCUCUUUUGUCUUCUCAUGAUGCUUACUCCGCCAUCUCCUCUGCCCUUGCCUCCUCCCUCUCUGGAUCUGGUUCUGACCCUCUUUGCCACUGGCUUUACGAUACUUUUCUCUCUUCCGAUCCCCAUCUCCGCCUUGUUGUUCUUUCUUUCCUUCCUCUUCUUUCCUCCUUGUACCUUUCUCGUGUCCAUUCUACUUCCUCCGAUUCCCCUUCUCUCCCUUCCCUCGCCGGUUUUGAGGCUGUGCUUCUCGCGCUUUAUUCCUCUGAGGUUAAGUCUCGGGCGGGGAAGCCUGUUCUUGUCUCCAUUCCUGAUCUUUCGCUGCCUUCUCUUUAUCAUUCUCCUCGGAAUAAGCCCAAUUCUGGUGCCCAAGCUCAACUCAGGCCGUCUGUUGGGGUUCUUUCCCCUUCCCUCGAACCACAGAACGCGGUGAAGUCGACCAAAAGAGCUUGCAUUGUUGGGGUUGCUCUUGAUUGCUAUUACAAGCAGAUCUCACAGAUGCCGAGCUGGUCGAAGCUUGAAUUCUGCCGAUCUGCGGCGUCGUGGGCUGGGCAAGAUUGUUGCUGCAGGAGAGAGUUUGAUAAAGAGGAUGGUUUGGAUAUUGGUGGGUUUUCGGAGAAAAGGGCGUUGGAGUAUACGGAUGAGAUAGAAGAUGUUUCGGAAGAAAUGGGUAGACUACAAAUUGAAAAGUGUGGGAACAAUUCCAAUGAUUCAGAAUCUAAGGGGUCCAGAAUUCCGCUGCCAUGGGAGCUUUUGCAGCCAGUGCUUAGAAUUUUAGGACAUUGUUUACUGGCUCCUUUGAAUUCGCAAGAUGUUAAGGAUGCAGCUUCCGUUGCUGUCAGGUGUUUAUAUGCGAGGGCAUCUCAUGAUUUGGUACCACAGGUAAUAUUGGCCACUCGGAGUCUUAUUCAACUUGACAACAGAACUCGUGCGGCUGCAAAGGCUGCAGCAGCAGCAGCAAAUUCUUCUUCUAAUGCUAAUACACCCAGCAAAGAUAAGAAACCAGAAAUCCUAUUAGUCUCAAAAUAAACGAUCUGAAUGUCAUUUGGUUUGCAGGUAACAGAUGUUGUAUAGUGAAUCUGAAGCGGUUGAACAUUACUUUGUUUAGGACAAUACUGUAUGGAUGUCUGUAUUCUUAUAUGAUGGUUAAAUCUCUCACCAAGUUACAAGCCUUUUGAGUUGUACUUUCAUAGGAUUUUAUAGUACUUGUGUUUCAUGGCUGA